AUGUUGUGGCGAGCAGUGGCGAGCGUCAUUGGCUCGAGCGAUCAGUUCGUCUCGUCUUUCGCAUUGUUUCGCGAAUUGCAUUCUCAAAUUUAUGUUUACGACACCGUUGCUUACAUGUUUUGCGACAGUUAGUGUGUGUUUAGAUUGCAUUAGUUCGAAUGUAUCAACCAUCUCAAGCUAACGAAGGGAACGACCGAUCAUCGGCGGUACGCAGGUAGGCGGGCAAGCAAGUCGCGAAGCGAAGUUAGCGGAGUGAAGGUGGCGGCGGAACCGCGGAACGAGGAACGUCGAACGAGAAGCGGCAUCGGCUUGAAUUUGGCUGCGGAUUUCGCGGGCGGCGUAUUACGAGCUCCAGGAGGCUCCUUGAGAUUCCGAUCGUUUUCGUCCACCACGGAAGAGCCACGGCAGGAGAGAAUGCGGCGCGACCGGCCGACAGACGAUGGCCGUUAGAACGAAACAUAUCGUGAGCUUCGCCGGCGGGCAGGAGGAACGCGGAAGGAAAGGAAAUGACACGCGGGGUCGUACGAGAGAACGAAACCGCGAUCUUUCCACGCGCGCGCAAAUAACGAUCGAGGAGAGGUACAGCCUUGGAAGCGGCGAACGACAGUUUCUGACGAUCGAUCGACAGUCGCUUACAUAGCUUAACGCCGACGAUUUAUACGAGUCUCGCAAUCCCUCUCGAUCACCGACACCAACCGCGAUCGCAAGACGGUUUCUUUUUAUUCGACAGGAAGGGAAAGAAGUCAAUCCGUCAAUCGUAUAUCUCGUCCCCUCGAAUAAAACACGAAGCACGACGAAGUGGCGGCACAAUGUAGCACGGUGACCUCGACCGAAAAGUGUGGACUUUCUUACGUGAACUAGAAACCAGUGCAAAAGUUCAAGGAAUUAUUCGCAAAGACACAAACGCGAGGAUGAAGACGAUGGGCGAUGUCGUCGCGGAUCCCAUCGACGAGAACGAUGGCACGGUGCAGCCUUCCAGUGCGAGUAAGGAGUUCGGUCAGAGGACUCUGAGAUCCUUGAAGAGAGGACUGGGUCGGCUCUGGAGGAGGCACAGAGGCAACGCGUCGAUUACUGAAUACGAUCCCUCCUAUAAAGUCGCGUAUCUUGGAAAUGUGCUGACCGGAUGGGCCAAGGGUGAAGGCUGCGUUGAGAAGCCCGUAUCGACCCUAUGGCGGAAUUACGUAAGCAGCAACAGACCCGACGUUUCCAUGAGGUUGACAGUGACCAACGGUGGUCUGACCGCGACCACUAAAGACCAUGGUCUCACCGAAUAUUGGGCUCACCGUGUGACUUACUGCACAGCGCCAGCCACUCAUCCACGCCUCUUUGUUUGGGUAUAUCGACAUGAAGGCCGCAGACUGAGGCCCGAAUUAAGGUGUCACGCAGCCCUGUGCAGCAAGGAAUCUACCGCAAGAAGACUCGCCUCGAUCUUGAAUACCAGGCUGCAACAGGCGCUCAUGGAAUUCCGCCGAGACAAGGUCUCCAGGCAAAACGCCAGAUUGUCUCUAGCAAACGCAUUAUACGACAAUCCGUCGUUGCCGCGUAGGAAACUUCUUCUGAGUACUGGUGGUCAAAACUAUCGGCCGCCCUUGGAGAGAUCAAAGAGCGCGCCUAAGUUAUCAGCGAUUGAAGAGGACACGGUAGCAGAAGAGAUAGAGCAGAAGAGGCUGCUGGAGGAAUUGCGUUCCUUGGAGAACGUAGCACGUAGCUGGGAAGACCAGGACGGCUGGAGGAUAGCCAGACUACUGGAAGCCCUCAACCGCGAGUCCGACGAAAACGGUAGCAUCUCCAGUGGAUGUGAAACCGCCAGCACGGCGACCAGCGAGGAAAGAGCCACUGGCCCGGAGGAACAUCUUACUCAGAAUCAAAACGAUCAGCGAGGGUCGAUCAAAAGGGUUAUCUUUACGGAAGACCGAGUCGGCAGGAGAUCAGGACCACGAAGAAAUUCGGAAGGUUCGCCACAUUUCAUGACAUGCGUCGGCAGUCCCCGUUUCAAUCCUAUGGAUCCUAUGAAGAGGUUUCCCUUGACGAGCGAGGAAGAAGAAUCGAUGGAGGAAGAAGAAGAAGAAAUGGAAGACACUGCUUCGAAUAUGUUCGAUUUCGAAGAUGUCGAGGAUCUCGACGACGUGGUGGAUUAUCGACCGAGGGGAGAAGUGAUGAACAGGAUUGAGGAUCCGCAGAAGAGGGAAAGGCGAGCGAACGAAAAGUACCCUGGUAGGAUAGGUCACGAUUUUUUGCAAAAUGAAGAGACUUCGUUCCUAACUCUGGAUUCUCUCGACGAGGAGGCCGACAGCGAUGAGAGCGGUUACGUGGAAGCACCACCAAAGUCUUUACUAGGUCAAGACGACAAGAAAGAAGAGGAAGAGAGCGAACAUCCGCGAUUAGAGUCAUUUACGAAUAAAAGAGAGGACAAAUUGGAGUCGACGUGUAGAACCAACGAAAGUGAGAAUCAGAGGAUGAAACAUGAGGAUUCUAAGUUAGAUAAGCAAGAGGAAAGAAAAACGGAGAAGAAAGAUCCCUUAAUGGUGGUAAACGAUAAUCAAAGAAUUAAGGAGAGAGAAAGGGAAAGAGUAGAUUUUAAAUAUCCUAUCUCAGAUACUAUUAAAAAGUUAGCUAGCGCGUCACUAAGAAAUUCCAAAUCUUUCGAAAUGACAAGCAACAAUUGCUUAAACGUAUUAAAUAAUUUUAAAACCUCCAAAUCAUUUGACAGUGUGAAGAAUGAUGAGAUUACCGUAGAUUCACCAAGUCUUCACCAAAGGAAACAAUUAUUGGCACAACGCGGUGUCAUGGUUUAAAACGUCCCUCUUUUAAGUUGAAUAUUUUUCCGAUUUCAUAUUACAAAUUGAACGGAAAUUAAAUUAAUUGAAUAAAUAUUUAUCUAUUAUUAAGUCAUCACGAAUCAUCAAAAACGUCUACGUCAAAAUCAUAUUAAAAAUAUCUGUUUGAAUAAUAUUAAAGCAACAAUUAAGAUAUUAUUUAAAUGAUUUGCUAGAUUUUGGUAAGUCCCGCUUGAAUCUUUAAACGCGUUAGAAUACUAUCAUCGAGUUGAACAAAUACACUCAGUGUCGAAAUUCAAUUUAAGCACAAUAUUCUAAGAGACAUACAUAGUUGAUUUCUUGUGCCUCUCUAGUUGGUUGGUUUCUUAUGCCUGAGAAUCGCGACUUUGCAG